UAACACGGAUCAAAUCAUGAAUUUCGCUGGUAAAGUUAUUUUAAUUACAGGAGCGAGCUCUGGGAUUGGGGCCGCAACAGCUCUGAAAUUUGCGAGGCUCGGCGCUUGCCUGGCACUGAACGGACGCAAUGUGGAUAAUCUUAAAAAGGUAGCCCAGCAAUGCAGUGAGGCGAGCAAGUCCGCCCCAGCUCUAGUUGUGGGUGACAUCAGUAAGGCGGAGGACAUUGAGCGUGUAUGGGCCGAUACCCUUCGGGCGUAUGGCAAGCUCGAUGUGCUGGUGAAUAAUGCGGGAAUCCUUGAGACGGGCAGCAUUGAGAACACCAGUCUGGAGCAGUACGAUCGCCUAAUGAACACUAAUGUACGCGCCAUCUAUCACCUCACCAUGCUGGCCACCCCCGAGCUGAUCAAGACGAAGGGAAACAUUGUGAACGUGUCCAGUGUGAACGGAAUCCGAUCUUUCCCCGGCGUGCUCGCCUAUAAUGUGUCCAAGGCAGCCGUGGACCAGUUCACCCGCUGCGUGGCCCUGGAGCUGGCUCCCAAGGGAGUGAGGGUAAACUCUGUUAAUCCCGGAGUGAUCAUUACCGAGCUGCAACGUCGUGGAGGACUAGACGACGAGGCAUAUGCCAAGUUCCUGGAGCACGCAAAGGUCACCCACGCUCUGGGCAGGCCCGGAGAUGUGUCAGAGGUGGCAGCUGCCAUUGCUUUUCUCGCUAGUAAUGAGGCCAGCUUCACUACGGGAAUAAGUCUGCCCGUGGACGGUGGUCGCCACGCCAUGUGCCCCAGAUAGAAUUCGCAAAUGAGCUCCAGUCUGAUCAAUUCUUGCAUUUAUUUUGUGCUUUUUCUAAUAAAUAUACAUAGCUUAAAAUAAACAUCUAGUAGAGGGACACAUUAC